AAUAAACACGUUAAAAUCUAUUUGAAUAAUAGUUUCUACUAAAUUAGCUACACGUAUCAAAUACAUUACAAAGAUACACAACUAGCAAGACAAAAUCCAUGAAAAGGGGGAUUUAUUUUUCAGAACAUCGCUGUGGGCUGGAUUUGUCUCCUCCAGCCCUGCGUCGCGUCGUGCCGUGCCGUGCCGUGCCGUGGAUGGGAGGGGGAGUGAGUUGUUUGGGGAUGGUGGGCCGGGGGUCGCGGCUCUCAGCUCGGCUACUCGAUAUCUUGCUAGCAUACUGUCGCCUGCCCGCAUCCAGUAUGGUUUGUUUACCAGAAGAAUGAAAAAUAGCGAUUACCAUCGUGGCAGCUGCUUCUGUUGCAGACGUCCCCCCGAAGAGAGUGAGUAACUAUGGCUGAACAAGAGCUUUGUCCUCACCUGGACUCCAUAGGAGAGGUAACCAAGGAGGACCUCCUCCAGAAAUCCAAGGGGACUUGCCAGUCUUGUGGUGCAGGGGGCCCAAACCUGUGGGCAUGUCUGCAGAGUGACUGCCCAUAUGUUGGUUGUGGAGAGUCCUUUUCGGAUCACAGCACCCUACAUGCACAGGCUAAGAAGCACAACCUGACUGUGAACCUGACAACGUUCAGGAUCUGGUGUUAUGUCUGCGAGCGGGAGGUAUUUUUGGAGCACAGGCCUCCGCUGGUGCUUGUACCUGCUGCUCCCCACCACUGUAAAGCCACAGAGCAGGAAGCAGCUCCUCAGCCAAUAGGUCACCCACUAAAAGCAGUACCAAUUGCUGUGGCAGAAGAAGAAGGUUCAGAUUCAGAGGACGAUGAGCUUAAACCCAGAGGCUUGACAGGAAUGAAAAAUAUUGGUAACUCCUGCUACAUGAAUGCCGCUCUUCAAGCCCUGUCCAAUUGUCCUCCUCUCACUCAGUUCUUCCUGGACUGCAGUGGAUUGGUCCGGACCGAUAAGAAGCCUGCUCUCUGUAAGAGUUACCAGAAACUGAUCUCAGAACUCUGGCAUAAAAAACGGCCCAGCUAUGUCGUGCCUACCAGUCUGUCUCAUGGCAUCAAACUAGUAAACCCCAUGUUUCGUGGUUACGCUCAGCAGGUAGGGGCAAGCAGCCAGCAGGACACUCAAGAGUUCCUGCGCUGUCUGAUGGACCAAUUACACGAAGAGCUGAAGGAGCCUCUGGCAGAGUGCAGCAUGAGCAGGGAGGGAAGUGAUGGGGAGGAGAUAAGAGACGGAGACCGUUCCCCGUCUGAGGAUGAAUUCUUAUCCUGCGACUCUGGCUCCAGCAGUGACCGUGGGGAGGGGGGAGGAGUGGCUGACGGCGAGCUCCUACUGCAGGAUGAGUGCGACGGGGUCAGGUCAGCAGCAGGGGGGAUAGUGGGCGUCGGUACCGGCGGGGUGAUCUCGGAAAAGGAGAGGCUGAAGGAAAGGAGGGUGUCUGGCUCACCCCUCCGUGGGGGCUCGCAAGAGAUGGAUGAGGACGCUGAUGUGGAUACAGCGGCUGAGGAGGGGGUUCCUGAGAGGGGAGAGGAAGAGGAGUUAACGCCAACCACAAACGCUGACGUCCAAAUUCAAGAAAACAACCAGAUAUCUGAUCCUGGGCAACGGCAAAGCCCAAGCAGCAACACCUCCGAGCCAGACAAUGAAGCGUCAAUGACCCAGUCCCAGUCCACUCCCUGCAGUCCUGUACGAACCCUUCAGGAGCUGCAUCCCAAACUGUCCUCUAGUCCACCUCGCUCCAGCCCCCUCCGCUCUGCAGGACCUGCAUACUCCUUCAAAAAAGCUCAGCUGCUGCUCAGUGCCAGGAAGAAGAAACAGUCUCACUAUCGCAGUGUGAUCUCUGACAUCUUUGACGGCUCCAUCCUCAGUCUGGUCCAGUGUUUAACCUGUGACAGGGUCUCUACUACAGUGGAAACCUUCCAAGACUUGUCCCUACCUAUUCCUGGUAAAGAGGACUUGGCCAAGCUCCACUCCUCUAUACAUCAGAACCUUCCAGUCAAAACAGGCGUUUGUCCCGAAAGUUAUGGCUCGCAGGGCUGGAUCUCCUACAUCAUGGACUCCAUACGCCGGUUCGUAGUUUCAUGUAUCCCCAGUUGGUUUUGGGGGCCCAUGGUGAACCUAGAGGACUGCCUCGCUGCCUUCUUUGCUGCAGAUGAACUCAAAGGGGACAACAUGUACAGCUGUGAGCGAUGUAAAAAGUUGAGAAAUGGUGUCAAAUAUUGCAAAGUACUUAGGCUUCCAGAGAUUCUGUGCAUUCACCUGAAGCGCUUCCGGCACGAGGUCAUGUAUUCGUUCAAGAUUAGCAGCCACGUAUCGUUCCCGUUGGAAGGCCUUGACAUGCGACCUUUCCUGGCUAAAGAGAGUCCAUCCCAAGUCACCACUUACGAUCUGCUGUCAGUCAUUUGUCACCAUGGCACUGCAGGAAGUGGACACUACAUAGCUUACUGUCAGAAUGUGAUCAAUGGCCAGUGGUAUGAGUUUGAUGACCAGUAUGUCACAGAGGUCCAUGAGACAGUGGUGCAGAAUGCAGAGGCCUACGUGUUGUUCUACAGGAAAAGUAGCGAGGAGUCGCUGCGAGAGAGGCAGAAGGUGGUGGCUCUGGCCAAUAUGAAGGAGCCCAGCCUGCUGCAGUUUUACAUCUCCAGAGAAUGGCUGAACAAGUUCAACACUUUUGCCGAACCAGGCCCCAUUAGCAACCACACAUUUCUUUGUCAGCACGGAGGGAUUCCUCCUAAUAAAUACCAAUACAUAGAUGACCUGGUUGUGAUUGUUCCUCAGAAUGUGUGGGAGUACCUUUUCAACAGUUUUGGAGGCGGCCCAGCCGUGAACCACCUGUAUAUGUGUGCCAUCUGCCAGGUGGAGAUUGAAGCUCUGGCUAAACGCAGAAAAAUGGAAAUAGACACCUUCAUCAAGCUGAACAAAGAGUUUCAGGCUGAAGAGGCUCCGACGGUGAUCCUGUGCAUCAGCAUGCAGUGGUUCAGAGAGUGGGAGAGUUUUGUGAAGGGAAAAGACAAUGAGCCACCUGGUCCCAUCGACAACAGUAAAAUUGGUGUUAUGAAAGGAGGGCACAUACAACUGAAGCAAGGGGCAGACUAUGGUCAGAUCUCAGAUGAGACCUGGCAGUACUUGUUGGGUAUUUAUGGCGGAGGCCCUGAGAUCGCAGUGAGACAAACCGUGGCACCGGCUGACCCUGACAGCCUUCAUGGAGAGAGGAAGAUCGAGGCAGAAACCAGAGCACUUUGAGAUAAAAAGAGGUCUUCUGAUUCCCCUUUCUACUCCUGCCCUCGCAGGAAGCUGAGGAAUUUGCACCUUGGUGAAGAAUCCUCGUCGUGAGCACUUUGUAAAUGUAGCAACGCAUCAUUUUGAAGCUGUGUGGCAAGAGGGUGAAACGGUACUUAAAUAUCACAUAGGUUAUUUAUUGGAUAACUCUGACCCUCAAUGUUAAGGUGUAAAAAAAAAACAAGAUGUUGUGUCACAUCUCUGGAGCUGUUUUUGGUAGCUAUGGUGUUUCAGUGGCUGCUGUAAUGACUAGGUGUCAGAUACUGCGAAACUGGUAGACAGCUGCUGGCGUCGUGAACCAGUUACUCAGGAGGAGAACAGAACUACAAGCAGAUGUUUGGUUUAAGGACUGAACUGUUCUUCGUUGGAAGCAACAACCAAGAGACAUUAACAUGCUUUCUGUUGUUGGCCUGUUUACUAGUCACAUAGCAACAAGUUCAGAAAACAAGUGAGUUAUAUUACAUAAAUCAUACUCUUGCACCUACAACCUUAAAUACAGUUAACUGAGCCCUCAGGAAUGGAAGCCUUUUGUUUGUUUAAACCAGCAAAAUGAUCAGAUUAACAAACUUUAUGGAAAAUAUCACAGCAGGUUUGUGUCCAACCACAAAACAUGUGAAUGUGUUCCAAAUACUAUUUUCAUUUUCUAA